CCUUACAGCAGGCUCGGGGCACUGGCAGCAGCAGGGACCAGCAAAUGUCCCUGGGUGCAGCCAGCAUUCAGCCAUUGCUUGGUGAGAGCCUCCCACGGAGGGGCUGAACGGGUCCAAGCCAGAGUCCUUAAGAAGUAAGGUGCAGAGGAGGAGCCAAGAUGGCAGAACAGCAUGGAAGCUUUUUGUGUGUCUCUUUUGUGUGAAGCUUUUUGUGUGUCCCACGAAGAGCUGAACGUGGGGAACAAGAAGCCAUGAAAGAUAAGAAUUUAAAAAAUUCAGAGCUCCUCGUUCAAAGUUACUGAGACUUUCAAGAUGGUGAAACAGAGCAUCAAAUCAGGCACAGAGCCCAUGGUGACUGCAGCAUGUCUAUGAAGCUUCCAUACAAUCAAAGAAUGUUCAAGACUAUUUCAUUUUGACUUGAAAAUAAUUUCUAAACAAGACCUCAGAGAGACAACACAUAACGAGGAAAAUCGUUCCUCGUUACUUCAUCAAAAUGCCGGAUUUCUUGACAUCUGUAGGAACUUCAGAUAAAGUUGAUGUGGGUGGUAUUUUGAAAGAAAUUAGACCACACUGCAGUUAGCUGAAGAACUGGAGUCUUGGUUUAAAUCCCAGCUUCACAAUUGAUUGUAACACAGGCACAUUUAACGGCAGUGAAAUUUACUGACAGUAGACCCUGAGCAUUCUCUCCACACACAAGCAUCAACAUGUGAAACAAUGGAUGAGUUCAUUGCCUUCAUGGUGGUGGUCAUACGACAAUACAGGGAAGCCAAAUCAUCACAUGCACACUUGACACAUAUACAGAUAUACUUGUCGAUGAUUCCUCAACAACAUGGGGAAACAGCAAAACUACUUAAAUCAUUUGAGCCCCCAUUUUCUUAUAAUGAGAGAUGAUUUUACUACUUCUCUUGCUGGGUGUUUGUAAGAAAAAAAAUGAGCUAACACCUGUAAGGAACUCAGAAUAAGAACUAAUACAAUAAGCGCACAAUAAAAGUUAUUUCCCUUCUAUUUAUAGCAUAUAUGUGAACAAGGAAUUUAAAUGUGAUAAAUCUACAAUGAAUUCCUGCAAAGCAACAAUAAUGGAUCUCAACACAAAGAUGGACAGGGUACGUGGUGUUUAUAAUUGUUAUAAGAAAAUUUGCAUAGAUGGCAUUGUAUAUAUUCUUUGGAUGAGGCUCACAGAAUAUUUUCACCUAAAGGAUUCAGAAAGAAGUAGGGAUACACAUGGGAGAGACCAGCCUCAUUCCUUAGAGAGAUAUGUGACCUUUGGAAUCCCGAUUUUAAAGAAACUAAUUUAGUGCUAACACCAACAGUGAAGAAUUGGGUUUAGAAUAAACAGAAGCAAUCACACUUUUCCUCAUUCCUCUGUUUUCCAUAGAAUCAGAGUAAUAAAUACGUAGAAUUUUAAAGGAUAUCAUCAUUCUAUAUGGAUCAAUGGAACAUAACCGGCCCCCAUUCCUUAAUAAAAUUUGCCAGAUUUCUUUCAUUUUAUACAAAGUUUUUCAGGGAAGUGCCCAUGAUGACAAAGGAAGAAACAGUAAUUGAACUAAGAAAACAGAGGAGGCCCCUGACAAUUGUCCUGUCCAUGACGCUGCAAAUAAGGAAGAAACAUAGAAAAGAAAAUUUUAGGCUGGGGAGGGGGAGGGGGAACACUGGAACUCAAGAUAGUAACACCCAAGAGGAACUGUCUUGAAUUGCAUGUAUGGGAAAAUACCCUGUUUAUUCUCACAGCGAUCCUGCUCACACCCAGGGGACACUCUCUCCGUGUUUAUAUGUCUAAGGUCUGUGGCUCCUGAGAGGCAGGAAGAAUGUCAGAAGGAGACAAAGACGUUUCUGAACAUGAAGAGCUCAUGCUGCAAUCCCAAUAUGAACAGUCACUUCAAAUAUCUUCCUGCCAUUUUCAGGUGUUGGGAGUGUAAACCUGCAAAGCUGGGCAGGCUGUGAAUCCGACAAUCAGGAGAGGUAGGAUUAACAGUGUGAAAACAUACUGUCAAAGAAAGCUAGUCUGACCUGCAUGAAGCCAGCCUUUUACAGAGGUACAGCACAGAUCAGCGAUGCUGAAUCAAACCUCAGUCACUGCAUUUCUCCUCCUGGGAGUCACAGACAUCCAAGCACUGCAGCCUUAUCUCUUCGUGGUUUUCCUUGCAAUUUACAUGGUCAGUGUGGUUGGCAAUGGAGCAGUCCUCCUGGUUGUCGUCUCUGAUCCAAGACUCCAUUUACCCAUGUAUUUCUUCCUGGGAAAUCUGUCGUGUCUAGAUAUCUGCUACUCCACGGUGACACUGCCAAAGAUGCUGGAGAACUUCUUCUCUACACGCAAGGCAAUUUCCUUCUUGGGAUGCAUAAGCCAGCUUCACUUCUUCCACUUCCUGGGCAGCACGGAGGCCAUGCUGUUGGCCGUGAUGGCCUUUGACCGCUUUGUGGCCAUCUGCAGGCCACUGCAUUACUCUGUCAUCAUGAAUUACCAGCUCUGCACCCGGAUGGCUGUCACAGUCUGGACCAUUGGUUUUUUCCAUGCCCUGUUGCACUCCAUGAUGACCUCCCGCUUGAACUUCUGUGGUUCUCAUCAGAUCCAUCACUUCUUCUGUGAUGUCAAGCCUUUGCUGGAGUUGGCCUGCGGGAACACGGAGCUCAACCAGUGGCUUCUCAACACGGUUACCGGGACCAUUGCCAUGGGCCCCUUCUUCCUAACACUUCUUUCCUACUUCACCAUAAUCAUCUCUCUUUUCUCCAAGACCCACUCCUGUAGUGCGCUCCGCAAAGCACUGUCCACGUGUGCCUCUCACUUCAUGGUGGUCAUUGUUUUCUAUGCUCCUGUUACCUUCAUUUACAUAUCUCCUACCUCAGGCAGCUCCAUGCAGGACCAGGUCGCCGCUAUCAUGUACACUGUGGUCACUCCUAUGCUGAACCCACUGAUCUAUACACUGAGGAACAAGGACGUGAAGGCUGCCUUGAGUAGGGUCUUCAGAAGGAGGGACGACCUGAGCAAAUUCAGAGCACACUUCUAAGAAAGGAAUCAACAGGAGAUGAUAAAGUUGGUGUGUGAGGUUAGACUGCUUCUCAGAUCAUGUACAAUAUGUGUAAUAGGUGGAGCUGUCCAAAGAUAAAUGAGAAAGUCCAGCCUGAUUGUGUUAAAUAAAGCAUUCCUAGGUACCAUAAUGGAAACAUGAACCCAUGGGACACCAGCCAUAGAAUCCUAAUGUUCAAUUUGUGUUCAGGAUAUGAGUUCAUAAAAAUGAUUUUUAAUGUAUUUUUAGGGAUUCUCUAAUGACAUCAGGGAUAGAAAUAUGCCUAUAUACUCAUAUAUUAGGUACAUGAAUACUACUUAUGGCUCUUUGUGUGGCCCAUCUACUUAACAUAUUUUAUGUGAGUAAAAAAAAAAUUCUUAUAUUGUUACAUUUUGAGGAUGAAUUUUGAGCCACAUUUACUGAAUAGGAUAAGAAAUGGUAAUUCUCAGGGGCACCUGGGUGGCUCAGUCGGUUAAGCCUCCGACUUCGGAUCUGGUCAUGAUCUCACAGUUUGUGAGUUCAAGCCCUGCGUCAGGCUCUGUGCUAACAGCUCAGAGCCUGGAGCCU